AUGCAGUCAUUCAGCAUAGAAAGACAUAACAAUGGGACUUUGCAAUCUACUGAGGAUGCUGUGACAUAUAAUGGCACAUAUAAUAGCUCAUAUAAUGACCAAGGAGAUUCCCUGUAUAGGAUAUUGGGAAAGCAUUUAAUGUAUGGCUUGAUUUUAGUUAUCAGCUGUAUGGGAUUUUUUGGGAAUGGAAUUGUCAUCUGGCUUCUUGGUUUCCGCCUUAGGAGGAAACCGUUCACCACCUACAUCCUUAAUUUGGCUGUUGCUGACUUUGCAUUCCUCCUGAGCCUAGAGUUCUUUUAUUCUAUUCCGUGUGAUUCUGGUGUUCUUCAUGAAAUUGCUGAAUGUCUCUUAGACUUCACAUACAACACUGGACAACUUCUUCUGACAGCCAUCAGCAUUGACAGAUGUGUGUCUGUCCUCUUCCCUAUUUGGCAUCGGUGUGUCCGGCCAACACAUUUGUCCACCACUGUGUGUGCCCUCCUAUGGGUCCUCUCCUGUCUGCUCUGCAUAAUCCUCUACAUUGUCGAAGUGAUUUACCCCAUUCCACCUUGGUUAGAAAAAACAGGCCAAUAUUUAUUGACUGGACUGCUUUGCUUCCCACUCAUGACAAUUUCAACUGUGAUCCUUUUUAUCAAAGUCUGUUUUAAAUCACAUCCGCGAAAGCGGGGAAGGCUUUUAACAGUUAUUUUACUUACACUCCUCUUCUUCCUCAUGCUUGCUUUUCCACUCAAUGCCAUGAUUCUUGCUAUAUACAUUGUAGGUCCGCAUACUCCUGUUGAACUCCGUUAUGGCUUUUUGUGUGCCUCCCUCAACAGCAGUGUGAACCCCUUGCUCUAUUUUCUGGUUGGGAGGAAGAAAGGAGGUCGAUCUAGGGAGAGCCUAAUGGUCAUCCUCCAGCGAGUUUUGAAUGAGGAGGAGAAUGACAAACAGGAAAUGGGCACUUCUUGUUCAAUCCCACUUAGGAACCUUUCAUAA